AUGAGCAACGAAGAGAACAUCACGUCCAUCGAAGCUGUUCAUAACAGUGGAGGCGAUUCAUCUAAUGCCUUGGAUCUUGUUCCAGAGGAUCCUGAUCUGAUUGAAGAUCUUAAGAACCUAACAAUAAAGCGAACCUUUGAUACGAAGAAACUCUCUCCUAAAGUUACCAAACGUGUUCUGUUUCUCAAGGAUAUUCAGGUUAAACACGAUGAACUCGAGGAGAAGUUUCUUGAAGAAAAGGCUGCAUUGGAGGCAAAAUACGAUAGUCUCUACAAGCCUCUUUUUGACAAGAGAUAUGAGAUUGUGAAUGGUGUGGCUGAAGCUGAGACAGAGAAAGGAGUACCUAACUUCUGGUUAAUUGCAAUGAAAACCAACGAAAUGCUAGCAAACGAGAUAACCGAAAGAGAUGAGGGAGCAUUGAAGUAUCUCAAAGACAUCAGAUGUUGCAGAGUAGAAAACAAUUCAAGAAACUUCAAGCUUGAGUUUCUCUUUGAUCCUAAUCCUUAUUUCAAGAACUCGGUUCUGUCUAAAACUUAUCAUGUGACCGAUGACGAUGAUGAUGGUCCUGUUCUUGAUAAAGUGAUUGGAACGGACAUAGAAUGGUGUCCAGGUAAGUGUUUGACUCAUAAGGUUGUUGUCAAGAAGAGGCCAAAGAAGGGUUCAAAGAAAGUGAACAACAUCCCCAUGACUAAAACCGAAAACUGCGAGAGUUUCUUUAACUUCUUCAAGCCUCCUGAGAUUGAUGAAGUUGAUGAAUGUUAUACAACCAUGGAUGAAGAACUCCAAAACCUGACGGAUCAAGACUAUGACAUAGCUGUGACAAUCCGAGACAAACUGAUCCCUCACGCAGUUUCAUGGUUUACUGGAGAGGCUCUUGUUGAUGAAGAUGAAUAUAAUGAUGAUGAGAAUGAUGACUAACGAGAAGAGAAGAUACACCAAGAGUUCCAAGAAUCUCUCACACAUAUGAAGAAGUAACUUUAGAGAGAAGACUUCAUGCUCCAUGCACUUAGGCUUAAAACAUCAACAUUCUGAGAUCCAUUGUUAAAUGCAAAGAGAUGUGUAUUUUCUCCUAUUGCCAUUUUUGGGUAAACUCUUGAGGUAAUACAUGUUUUCCCUUUCC